AACGCCAAGAAUCGCGAUUUUUUGUUUGGGAAACGUGCGUCUUAAAAACACAAAUUUUGUACAUUAACAAAGCAGCAAAUAACUUUAUUUUAUAAAAAAUAUUAAAAUUUAAGAACUAGUUGAAAUUUGUGUGCAUAAUAAACGCUGUAGAAAAGUAUUAACCGAUAAUACGGAACACAAAUUUUUGCAAUUAGAAGCAAAUUUACGAAGUGAAUUUUGUUGGUUGUGUGCCUCUCAGCCACGGUUGUGGUCGUCAUUGGUUGGUCGGCUCUGCGAACGCUGGCGAGUGGCAGCAGGAUUUCACAAAGUGAGUUUUGCAUUCUGACCCAACCAUUACACAAUCCAACCAAAUUUAUUAUACUAGGAAAUGUUGAGACCAUAAAAUACAAUGGAAACCUCCAAAGACCAAGUGGCCAGUAAUCGCUCUAAAGUGAAAAAUACCAAUAUAAAUAAAGAACUAAAAACUGAAUCCCAAAUAAUUUGUUAUGAUAAUUAUGUACACAAAACACUGCAUAACAUAGGUAAUGAGUGUGAUUUAUUAGAAAAGGAGGAUGAAAACACAAUGAUAGAGGAUAAAAUAGACGUAGAUGUUACAGGUUUUGGAACUUCAACCAAUCAACCAAAGGAUUUGAAUAUUUCAGAAAACGAUGAAAAAUGUAUUGUCUCACCGCCAACAAAAUAUCAAGCGGAUUCUUUUCAUGACUCCAUAGAACGAGAGGAUUUACAAAAAAACAAUUUCGUUGAAAUUCGUAAUGAAGAAAAAAUUACUGAUGAAGAAAUCGUCCAUGAAUUACCAGCAAAGGAGGAAAAAGCGGCUGCGGCUGCUGAAAUUUCUCAACAAAAUUAUGAAAAUACACUAAGAUGCCAGAAUCAAGAUUUCAUUAGUGAGGUUAUAGAAAAAAAUACGAAUUUCCAAUAUGACGAAUCUGAAGAUAGUAUGGACAGUAAAAUUGCGGAAAACAAAGCAGAAGAGCUAGAGAAAAAAAUUAUUGCAGAAGCAGAAAAUACCAAUGUAGAUAAGAUGAAUAGCUUUGGGCUGAAGACGGAAAGUUGGGAUAAAAACCUUGUUGACCAGGAAACAAAAAAUAAUAAAUCAAACGAAGAUGAUUCCUUUCAAAGUAUUGCCACAAGUGAUAGUAAUACCAAACAGCCUUCAUCUCCAGUUAACCCAAAUGAUGAUUAUUCCAUUGAAGAACCACCAACAAAUACGAAAACUUCUGAAGACAGCGAUUUAAUUGAUAUAAAUGAGGAUGAUAGCCAAAAUGGAAAUCGCAUUGAGAUUUUAAAAAGCAACCAUAAUGAAGAAGAUGAGAAUAGAAUUGAAAUUGGUUCUGAAGGUUCUAACUUCACUGCAGAUGAUGACAGUAAUCAAGGCACUUGUAAAGAAAAUAAAGUAAUUGAAAUAGAUAAUUAUGAACGUGAACAAUCAUCUGAAAGUUCAUCUAUUCAGGAUGAUAUCAAAUUCGACGAAAUAAAUCAAGUAGCAGUGGAAAAUACUAAAAGUAAGAAAGUGAUGUUGAUAAAAGAAAAAGAAGCAUCGUUGGAUGGGAAAAGUGGUGUGCAAAACAAUAAUUUGCAAACGCCAUUGAAGUUGAAUGGUGACCAUAAAAUAACUCCUAAGCCUAAAUGGGAAUCUCAAAUUGAUAAUAGCACAGAACUGGAAACACAAUUGGAAGCAAAAAAGCCAGAAAUAAAUGACAAAGAGCAUCCAAAAGUUGCAGAAAUUGAAGAAUGCGAAAAGUUUAAAAAUGAUGCAUUAGAAAAGAAAAAGGUCGAUGAUGAGGAGUUAGAUAUUGAUAACAAACUUAACAAAACGGGAAUAUCUAAUUAUUCAAUGAGUGCAGAAAGUCAACAAAGCAAAGUUAAUUGCGACGAUGAAAAUAGUCAAUGUUCAUCUCUAGCGUCCACUGAUUCUAAUUCUACGGCUACGUCAUCCUCGCAACAACUUGUUAUCGAUCAACCCAUGGAUGAAUCGGAUGUGGGUCUAUCAGCUGCUAGUACUGCUUACGGUAAAAUAAAUUCAUUAAUACAAUCACACGACACGUUGGAAAAGGUAAAUACUUUAAAACCAUCAUUAAAGAGAAAAUUAAGCAAUUCAAAUGAAACUGGCUCCUCGCCCCUGCAUAAACAGCCCCAUAUAGACUUAGAAUUAAAUGACAACGAAAACAGUAGAAAUUCCUGUGAUAAGGAUCAGACUGAGGCAAUGCCUGAACUCAUUACAGAAGAACGAAAUUCAAUGCAGUUUUCAGACAUCACCCAUAAAGUUGAUGCUGAAUAUGCACCAUUAAAAUCAUUACUCUUACAGCAUUUACAAAAACCAUAUUCACCUCCACCAUCUACAGAAUAUUCGGCGCCACUUCCGAAUUUCACACAACAACUGGACAAAAUAUCAUUUGAUACAACUUCCCCGAAGUUUCCGGCUACUAUUUCAAGUCCCAACGGACAUAUAUCCACCCCUACUAAGUAUUUGUGCUUUAAAUGUAAAGUUGGUAAUUUUGCUUCGUUUGCGGCAUUAAACGAACACCAAAGAGAAUGCCUGGCGGAUACACGGCUGUUACCAGCAGGAUUAAAUGAAAAUGCCAGUCUAUAUCACCUAUCAUUAGCCCCGCAACUUGCCACGCCUCCAUCCUCGGCAUCUCCAGACGCUACUGUAGAUAUGGCGGCAAGGAAUGCUCUAAUACAAACACCACUUUCAUCAUUUAUACCACCUUCCGUGCCAGACGCAGCAACUCAGAAGAAGAGAUAUUACAAGUGUUCCAGUUGUAAUACAUUUCACGAAAAUUGGAAUCUGUUUUUACAUAUUCGAGACAAACAUCUGCGACAUAUGUGUCUGUACUGUAUUCGUUUCUUUCCAACAGCAGAAAAGCUUUCAGUACAUUUGGAAAUAAAACACGAUCUUGAACAAAACCAUUUUAAUUCAGAGGAGGCGCUAAGGAAAAGUGUUUCCAUGGUAGAAGGUACGCCUAGUGAGUCGCGGUUUCUAAUGUGCUGUACGUGUCAACAUUUGUUUGAAGAAAGUCAACCUUUCUCUGAUCAUAAUUGUGCAGAAUUCAUGAAACCCUGUACACUAUGUGGGCAGAAAGGUCGACACAGCAAUCAGUGUAAAGCUCAUCCGGACGCAAAACGUACUUCGAAGUCAAAGAAACGAUUAAAGAAAUCUAUUAGUGAAGCUCCGCAGUCCGAUUCUUCUAGAAAUCACAAACUAUUGCCAUCAAUACCGCCUGCUGAUAGCAAUACAAAUGCUGCUUCCUUAAACUGUGAUAACAACCAGAACAGUCAGCCCUCGAUGGAAAAAACAAGACCAGGAUCUGAUAUAUUGAUUCAUAGUGAAGAUAGCAAUAGCAGUAGCAAUAUGGUUAUUGAUGAAUCCUGCACAACAACUCACAAUUCACUUGUGAACCCUUUUAAGGAACUGGAUGAACGUUGGCAACUUGAACAGCAGGCACAAAAUAAAAACGAUUUUAAUCUAUUCUCUGGGAGAAAUGAGUCACUAGUCGAGCCGAAAUUAAUAGUGCCGAAGUUCAAAUUAAGAGUACCAAAAGAGUUUCAAAAGUCAGUUGAUGUGGCACUUAGCUCUACAGAGAGCGAGGCGGAUGAAGAGGAUGAAGAGAACGAUGGAGCCGUGAAUGCUUGUGGUGAUAAGGGACAGAGCCAAAUGAAGCACUAUAAUGUAACAGAUACUGCGACAGGUUUUUUAGAUGAAAACAGUCUACAUUUAAACGCGGAUAAACAUAGUGUUGUUGCAAUUACUGAUGGACCGGCAUCGUCACAAAAACGGAUAGAUGAGGAUAAUAGUCAGGAAAGUCGAUCAGUGGAUAAAGAAUGGAUGGACGGAACUAGCACGAACCUGGUUCGCAUACUUCAAGAAAUUGAACGUACUAAAUUAGAUAUCCAGCGCACAAAAGAAACACUGCAUCAUACACUUAAAGCGAAACAAGAUAUCUCUGACGAAGCAUUAACAACAUCAGCUCAAAACACACGUAACUGGACACCUACCCCGCCGACUUCACCAAAGCAAGCACGUUGUCCGACUCCUGGAGAAUCCGAUAAAGUCACCACUAGUCCCUUUACAGAUGCCGUUACACCACAGUUACUACCAGAAAACAGCCAAACAUCACAGAGGAGAAAUUCAGCGGGAAGUGAUGCCAUGGAUAUUGAUGAGACAAUAACGGGAUCAUUGCCACAACAACCACCAAGAGAAACCGAGGAGCAUUCACAUAAUAUUGACGCAAGCAAUACAAGCCAGGAAUUGAACACCUCAUCCGAAAGUAAUGCCAUAGUAAACAUUAUGAACACCAGCGCUGAUACAGCCCCUAGUCCUCUUCUACAAGAACAAUUAAUGGAUAUUGAUCUUUCUCCAAUAAAACAAGAGCAAGAGUUCAGUAACAAAGACAUUAGACCGGCUGCUGAAAUUCCAGAGCAAAUCGAACAUAUGCAGUCAGAGACUACCGAAAUAAAGGAAAGUGUGCUUGAGGACGGAAUUGAAGUGGCUAGCGACGAUAUUUUAGCUACCGAUUUGCAGCUCGAUCGUCCACUAGAAAAAAUAGAAAUUGUAGAAUUCAUUCGAACAUGUCUGCGAGCUGUUUAUCCCCUUUGUUUGUACUGUAAUCAUGCGCGCCGAAUUGCCGUAAAUGGUCAAAGCCUUGUACUCCAUAUGCUUGCGCAACAUCGUUUCAAUGCUACUGUAGACAGCAUCACAGCGGAGGAGUUGAAACCAGAUACAAUUUGUGCUAAAAUGAAGACUUUCCUACCAGUACUGGAAAAUGAAUUUUUUAAUUCAUCGAGCUACUGCACGAUGGGACACGGCGUUUCUUCACAUAGUUUUAAUGAAAGGAUCUUUGAAUGUUUUCAGUGUCGCUUUGUCACAUCAACCCAUAAGGAACUGUAUUUGCAUAACAGAAAAAUGCACUUAAAAACCGCUAUACUUUGUUUCAUGUGCCGGGCGAAUUUUUUCAGUUUUAGUGAGAUUUUGUGUCAUAUUUGUCCAGGUGUUCCAAAUAAAACGCCAGUUUUCGAUGUAAAGUUCCGCUGUUGUCUUUGUGAUGUCGACAACAUCCCUUCACCUUUUCGUUUGAUGGUGCAUUUGCGCAAACGUCACUUUGCUUGCGAUGUAUGCUUGGAGGACUGCCGAGAUCAAGGGCGACUUUCGUCACACGUGUGGAAACAUAAGUUGCAUCAUCUGUGUUACCGUUGUGGCAUUGCAUACCGAAACAAAAUGGAUAUUACCAAACAUCUAUUUUGGAAACACGGUACUGAGAGUAUAAUUUGCAAGAGAUGUUUACAAAAGCGCUGGCGUCAUGUAUAUCACUUCUGUGUGCCACCGAUUACAUUUAAUUGUGAUGUGUGUAAUUUGUGUUUCUCAAAGGCUAUGUAUUUAAAAGUACACAAGCGUUUGCAUAGCGGCGAUUUACGUUAUCCCUGCUCAGAGGAAAAUUGCGAUGAAAAAUUUAUUUCGCGCAAAUUGCUACUAAAGCAUACCGCAUCACAUUUGCAACAGGAAGUACAUGCAGCAGCUUUAGAACAAACCUCAAAUCACAAUGCUGUGGACACAUUUAAGGAGAAGGGAGAAUGUGAGUUCGAGGAUAGCAAUGAAAGAGGCAAUUUCGUCAUUGACCAGAAUAAUAAAUCCGAAAAUAUUGAUAUUAAAAAAGAAGUAAUUGAGUCUAACACUGAACCAAACACACCUGUUAAGGGUGAAGAAAACAAUAGCAACUAUGAAGUGGAUGGAGAAUGUAAGUCUGGCUCGACCGUUGAUGUGAAAAAUAUUGAUUUUUCGAAGGAUGAGAAAACGGCUCUUGCACAAGAUAAAAGCGAAGAGACACCUCGCAAAAAGAAAAAGAAAAAUAAGCGAUCCAAAGAAUCUCUGGAAGAUUUAAAUUUAAUUGCUCCGAACCUUUCAGAGACGGAUAGUAGUGAUGAAUCGGAAAUAGACAGCAAAUCGAAAGGUGAUGAAGACUCACUAGUUCCUAAAGUUAUGUUAUCCCCACCUUCCGAGGCUGAAAAUGACAUGGAGGAUCUCAAGACUUCUAAGGUGGAUGGGCAGCAAGGAAAGGGCGACAAACAACCCUCACUUGAGGAAGCGGAAAAUGUUGAUUCUGUUGGUACUGGUAAGGUUUUGGAAAUUUGGAAAAACUUUUUACAAGCUCAACAAGAUAGCACCAACCAGGGUAUGGACCCAGAAGCUACUCUUAAAGCCGAAGCAGAUUAUGACGAAGAUAAUUAUCCUACACCGCGUUCAUUACAUGUUGCGUACUCUGACCAUGAUUAUUGUCAGAUGUUCCGCCCGCCAUCUCCUCCACCACCUCCACCACCGAGUGCGUCAGUAAAGGCGGAGACAAAGGAGACUUUGCCUGCGUUAUCGCCAACGAAGCGCAAUAAAGUUUCGAAAUCACCACGACACCUAUCCAGUCAUCGCUCUGCAUCAAGUUCUUCCAGUUCUUCUAGUUCUAGCUCAGAUUCAAGUUGUUCCUGUGGCUCAAAUUGUUCAUGUAGUUCUAGUGGCAGUGAUAGUAGUUCGAGUAGCUCCAGUUCGGAAGACAGCGAUUCAUCGCUUGCCUCGAACGCUUCACGUAAACGACAUCAUAAAAAAUCCGAACGAGAUCGUUUAAGAAAAAAGAGCGAAAGUGUUUCACCACUUAAGAAACAUUCAAAUUCGGAGACUAUAAAUGUGGUUGACGACGAUCUAGCAAUCGAAGUAGUGGCAAAUACAAUUACCGAACGCGCACCAUCCCUGCCGAAGGAGCCGCAAAUUUAUGAAUCAGAUUUAGAGACAGCUGAAUCAGAAACGGAUGAAGAGUUUUAUGAUGAACAUCCACAAAAGUUGGCUAGUGAGUUAUUAGCACAGAAACGUGCUCAGUUGAUGGCCCAAACUCGUUUGUCACCUUCGCAUAAUUUUGAUAUUGUGGAAAACAGUAGACCGUCCACUCCGUCGUUGCCUGAAGAUGUUGUUUGUGAAACGACACGAGUCAAAUUAAAGAAGAAAAAACGUGAUCGCAAAUCGGGCAGUAAAAUAAAUUUAACUGUGAAUGCAACGUCAGCAGCCGCAAAGGCGAAGAGUGAAAAGAAUAAAACGCUUAUUGAAACUGUAACCCCAGUAUCUCUGAGUGGUAUUGAUAUUAAAUCUUCUUAUAAAGUGGCACAGUCAUCAAAAACAGUUACAGAUCCUCCAGUGGUACAGCAAAGCAAUAUAACAAUGUCAUAUGCUCCCUUAACACUGCCAGCUAUGGAACAGUUGACGCCGCGUCCGAUAGCUACUUCAUCACAUCUACCCAGCAGAAUGAGUGAAGGUAGUAGCUGUUCUGAUGCCGACGGUUCCUUAAAGCGGUCUAAGCGUGCACGCCGUCCCAAUAAAUUUUACGGCUAUACCAGUGACGAUGAGAAUAGCGGAAUUAACUUGGGACAGCCUUUGAUGAUCGGCAUGCGCGCCAUCAAACCGCAACCGCCACCACAGCUUACUUGGCGAAAAGAAGAUUUGCCGACACCUUCAAAAAGCAUCCUAAACCCAAAGAGUAAAACCGGAAGAACUCCGAAAACACCAGGAACACCAGUAAAUACUCUAAGCGGUGGAAUGCCCCACUUAUCUACUUCUACUUCUUCAAAAAAGAAACGGUCGGCAGAAAAUUCUGAAAAGUCGUCGACACGCAGACGUCCCGCGAAGAAAGCAUCUUUGUCCAAUACACUCCCGCCAAUACCCACACUUAAAAUACGACCUUCGCAACUGGGCCUAAAUAGUGAUGGUUCGGCUACUGGAACUGAACGUUUCCCCACUCCUCAAAUAUAUUCAUCGAGUAAAGAUACCGAUGACGAGGACGAUGACAACAGCAGCGAUCCCUCCUCUGACGAUGAGACUGGGGUACGCAGACAUGCUUGUUUAACGGCGUCAACAUCGAACCAAUGGAAUAAGAACUCGCAAAUAGCGACAAUAGUCCCUGCUAUACAUACACAACAACCAACGGCACCUGCGUCCCAUCCAGUCAUACAAACGCCACAAGCAACAGUGUUUAACCAUAAGAUACCACCAGCUCUGUUACCGAAUCCAAAUUUUGAAACACUACAAUAUUUCAAAGCCAACAAUAUACGUUACCCUAUACGUCCGCCAGCUGGCGCUCGACAGGCUCGUGAAGGCGAAUCAGUUUACUGCUAUUGUCGCUGCCCCUAUGACGAAGUAUCCGAAAUGAUUGCGUGUGAUGGCGAGAAUUGCCUAAUCGAGUGGUUUCACUUUGAGUGUGUGGGCAUCAUGGUGGCUCCUCAGGGCAAGUGGUUCUGCGCUGAAUGUCGUCCCAAAUACUCUGAAGAGUUAUAUCCAACUGGAGGCAAUGUAUAAAACUUUAACGGAUUUAGUUGUGGUAAGGGACCCAGAAUAAUGUGAAGUGAUAUAACAGAUAGAUUUACAUGAAGUCCUAAAUACGCUUAUUAAUUAAUAAUUUCCUCUACUCUAAAUUUAACAAUAACAUUACACAGAAAAUCCAUUAAUAUUAGUAUUGUAGACUAAAUACUAUAUACAUAUUUGGGCUGUUUAACAUUUCAGAGGUGAUGAAAACUGGAAACCACGUUUUAAUACUUCUUAGAACAUUUGAAACUUGGUGAAUAACACAAUAUCACAUAAAUAUAUGCAAUAUGUUGGUUUUAGUUUAUUAUUAGUAUGUAAAUAUGUAAUUACAGAGUCACCUACAUUUAAUUGCUCAUGAAAUUGUCACUUGUAAUUUGAGAAGUAAGAAAUAGCAACAAAAUGCUAAGGAAACAAUUCAAUUUCACAAUGUUAUACCAUAUUUUCUUUGUAUUAGAUUUAGUCGAGCUGUGAAGUGACUACAUCGGAGCAGCUCAUUUCAUUUGUGGCCAAGAAUGUUAGCUGCACAAUUUGAAUUAAGUUUGUAAAUACACUAUUCUUAUAAGUUUGUAGGUACGCUGCUGUACGGGGUAUUUUUUUUUUUAUUUUGAAAUUGGAGGUUUCGUUUUACGAUUUCCAAAGAUUUAAAAUAUUCAGAAUUUUGAGAUAGCAUAGACAUAUUCAUAUAUUGUAUAAUAGCUGAGUUUGCUAUAUUUAAUCAUUAAUUUUCGAACCAAAAUUAAUAUCGAAUUUCGCUACGUUAAUAUUGAAAUACUUUGAAAUAAAUACAUACGUAUGAUACCACCGCCUCAACCCAUAGUAAACAUGA